CUCUCUGUCUUCUCUACCCUGGGAGCAGCUCUCUUGCCUUGGCCCCUCACCCCUGAAAAUGUAUGCCUGUUCCAGGUUCAUCUCCACCCGCUCCUUGGUCAGGAGCACCUCUCAGCUGCUGAGCCGUCCUCUGUCUGCAGUGGAGCUGAACCCACAGACACGGAAAGAUGAGGCCCUCAGCAGCUUGGCAGUCCCUCGUCCUUUGACCUCACUCGUCCCUAGCCGCAGCUUCCAAACCAGUGUCAUUUCCAGGGACAUCGACACAGCCGCCAAGUUCAUUGGGGCUGGGGCUGCUACUGUUGGGGUGGCUGGCUCUGGGGCUGGGAUUGGAACUGUUUUUGGGAGCCUCAUCAUUGGUUAUGCCAGGAACCCUUCUCUGAAGCAACAGCUCUUCUCCUACGCCAUUCUGGGCUUUGCCCUCUCAGAGGCCAUGGGGCUCUUUUGCCUAAUGGUGGCCUUUCUCAUCCUCUUCGCCAUGUGACCCAGCUGUCUCCACUUCACCUCCUGUAGUUCUUUUGUGUCCCGUCUGCCCUGUAUGUUCCUUUUCCUCUACCUCCCCAGGAAGUCUGGGGAAAGUGACUGGCUCAGGGUUUGACAGAGAGAAGACAAAUAAAUACUGUAU